ACAACAGUUGUGAGCGGAACCCGUCAGCGAUUGUGGAGAGGAGCGACGUGCCUCUCUCUCCGGGACCGGGGAAUCGGCACAUGUCGCCCCUUUGAUCUGCAUGUGACACACAGGUUCUGCUGGAGAUGCAUGUGCACGUGACCACCUAUGACGCCAUCACCGGGGAAUGACAAUCAGAGAAAUCUCAGCGAUGGCAGCUUUUGUCCAGGUCCCUGUCCGUUCUGCACCGGUGACUUCCGUUGGCCAAGAAGCUACUUUGUGGUGGCAGGUUGUCAAGCAGCAAGGGAAUGCAGCAUCUCAUGCUGAUCUGCGAUGUCGGGCUGCAAAUCGCUCCUCCGCUGGCAUCCCGAAGUUGGAAGCGGAUGUGACAGCUUCUCCGGGAACACUGAAGAACGUGACAAUUCUGGAGGCAUUGUCGUCGGGGAGACAGUAUUUUCAACAGGGGCAAUAUGUAUGGCAAACCUUCUCCAUGAGAUCGAGGAGCAGGAGGAGGAGUGCAGAUGGUAGUAGUAGGAGUCCACAUGGCAUGGUCAUGUGCCAUGUACUGGAUGCACGCAGUCCGUGGACAUGUCAACAGAGGAGCUCAUCUGUGAAGAGACUUGCCGCAUCCAGUAAUAAGGCACCCAUAACUGAUGGCAACUGUGACGGUGGCGUGGAUGGUCGGGGGAUGGUGGAUGAAGAGAUGGAGGAGAAAGACGAGCGGAGGGAUGAGCUCCUGCAGGUCAGAGGUGUCAGCUACUUCCCUGCUGGUGUGAAAGAACCUCUUCUUGACAAAGUGAGCUUGUCUCUCCCCAAAAACAGUCUAGGGUUGAUCUACGGUAAGAGCGGGAGUGGGAAAACUACACUUUUGCAGAUUUUGGGAGGGCUUUAUGUGCCUACUUCUGGCAUCAUCUCCUUCCAUGAUGAAAAUGAGGUGGCAGCGGGUGGACGUGGUGCAGCUGGCGAUGGCGUACGCCAGCGACGGAGGGAGGAGGCGAUGGGACAGCGAAGCAGGGGAGGAACACGUGGCAGAAAGAGGGGCUGCACACGAACGGAGCUCACGGCUAGAACUGGCCUAGUGUUUCAGUUCCCUGAAAGGUACUUUUUAAGCGAUACAGUCUUGGAAGAGUUGACUUUUGGAUGGCCCAGGGGGGUUGAAGACCUUGAAUUUCGCAAGGACUUGGCCAUGCGGCUUCAGAUUGCAGCCAUGGCAGUUGGGAUCACUGGGAUAUCCCUUGAUACGUCGCCUAGAUCUCUGAGUGAUGGAUAUAAGCGACGCCUCGCCCUUGCAAUUCAAUUGGUCAGGCUUCCUGAUGUUCUCCUGUUGGAUGAACCGCUCGCAGGUCUUGAUUGGAAGGCUCGCGGGGAUCUAGUAAGAUUGCUAAGGCAGUUAAAGAAGGACAGAACGAUAAUUGUAGUUUCUCACGAUUUGCGAGAGCUCGCACCCCUUGUGGAUCGAGCUUGGGAGAUGGAAAUCGGAGGGAGAUUGAAGGAGGUGCAGACAUGGUCAGCAGAGGCAUCUAUGGCCCUUUCUCCUGCUUCUGAAGCAAUGAAGGCCAGGACGUAGGCAUCAAUUCAAAAUUUCAAAUAGCCACCGAAAACAGUAAAAAAACUUGAAAAGGAGAGGACCAACUGUUUUUUGUUUGCAUUUGUAUGUCUGCGCACGCGUAUGCGUGUGUGUGUGUGUGUGUGUGUGUGUGUGUGUGUGUGUGUGUGUGUGUGUGUGUGUGUGUGUGCUGUGUGUAGGGGUGUGUGCUUGCAUGUAUGUAUGUUGGGCGGUGGGGGGAGAGGAGAAGAGGGGUGGGGUGGUUUUGUGAGCUUGAGUGGUCUUGCCUCUCUGUUUGUUGUACAGAGUAACAGAACUUGUAUGCCUCUUCUCUGUACCAUCUUUGCACGUUAUCAAUUUUUAAAAUUUUAUGAUUAAACAUUUAAAUACUCUUACGUGGUUGGUUGGGGCAGCUCUUGCAGUGAUCAUUGUUGUUAUGUUUUUGUUGCUUACCCAUGACCACAUACAGUCUAUAUGAAACAUUCCUUCUGCAGCAAUUGGGGCUAAGUUCACUGGAAAGCACACUUUGUAUGCUUCACUCACUGUCCUUUUGUAAUGAAUGGUAAUGAUGUGA